GAGCUUUAGCUUUUAAAAGAGAGAUAAUGCUCCAAAACUUAGCAAAUUACUUCUUGGGAGGCACUACAACUGAAAGUAGCGGCGCGGCCGGAGGGGUCAAUAAUACGGAAACCAGUAGCAAUAGGGUGGCGCUGCGUACGACUGACCACGACGAUGGCUGGACGCUGGUGGACUGCGACUCGGAGGGCAACUCCGAGGUCUACUCCUCGGAGGAAGAGGAGGACAACUUCAGCGACGGAGGACUCGAGAGGGUACGACUGAACCGCACCGGAUCCGACGACUCUCUCACGCGCCUCCAACCCCACGACCUCGAGGAGAGCUGGUUCGUCACCCCGCCACCUUGUUUUAGUUCACAAACAGGUCCGGUCCAAUUGAGAACCUCCCCGUUGGAAAACUUACUGAUCGAGCAUCCGUCGAUGAGCGUGUACCAACGGAGCGUCGGUUCGCACCGGGUGACUGGACAGCCGCUGCAGCAACCGGGCUCCUCCGCCUCCUCGGUGGUGCCCGAAGAAGAGGAGAUGGAAGAGGAGGAGCUGGCCGAGGAGGAGAUGGUGGUUUAUCGGUUCGCGCGCAACGCUACGGCACAACACCGAUGCAGUCGCGCGUUGCAACUCAACGAUGCGCAGGUGGUGAAAAACCGGAGGGCGCAGAAGGUGCAAAUGAAAAAAGUAGCCCAGCAGGCGGCCCGUGGGUACCUGUCGAGGGCGAAUAAGGCUCGUGAAGCGAACGGACGCAACUGGAACCCCAGACGCAAGGAGCGCAGCCAGGGAGCCAACCGUUCGCACGCCAACAAUAACCGCAAAUGUUAAGGGUGGACUUCCCCCUCAACCACUUUGACAUUGCGGAUCUGAUCUCAAACAUGACGACGUGAAUAUAGAAAUAUUAAAAAAAAAAAUAUAUGAGCGAGGUGGUUAGUAUUAGUGUAAUAACAAAUUUCUAAUGUAUAUAUUUAUAUAAUUAAUUGUAAUUAGUGGAGUUCUUGUGCAUCGGGUGGAUUCAAGAGAAACCGUAUUUUUUUGUAUAUUGUUUUGAUGUUUAUUCUUGUUUUUUGUGGCAUGUUGGGAGCUCCACUAAUUGAUCUGUGUCGCAACAUUCAUAAAAAAUGGCUAAGUUUAAGAAAAACAGACUUGCAGAAGUUUAGUAGUAAGUGUCCUCAUCAAAUUGAAUUUCUUGGGAAAUGUUAUAGGCUCCAAUAUUUUUUCUAGGAAAUUAAAGGGAUAUUUUUUAAGGGCGAGUGGAUGUUAAAAUGGAAUAAAACAAGCUGCUCGUGAGAUAUUAACGAAGUUAUUUUUUAUUUGAAAGGCUCAUAUAUGCCAUUAUGUAAUGACUAUAACAUCGUUUAAAUUUGACCGAUGACUUAGGUUAUGUUAGCCUUAAGAGCAUGGGUCAAUUGCGGUUUAUUGGCAUAGGCCUGCAACAUCAAAAAAACCCCACACGAAAUAGUUUAGCGGGAUCCAAUUAUCUUGGAUGCUUCUCUAUCCAAACUAAAAAUAUUUAUUUAUUGAUAUUGUAAACUCUACUUGUCACAGUAAUCGACCUUCAAAAUAUAGUAUUAAUCUAAUAUGAUAUGCCAUAACAAUACAGAUAGAGCACGGAAAAACAACAAACAAUGUGUUGCGAAACUAGGUUGUCGUUCGCUUCGUUUGAACAAUUUUGUUUUUAAUUCUAAUUGUAACAAAAGUCGCACACCCAUACUUUGUCCUUUGCUUUCUUUUAAGUUUAGAUCCGUGCAUUCAGAUUGGGUCUAUUUAGAGCACGUGCCACAUCGAAACUAUAACUUAUUGUUUUUGCCUUCUUCAUUGCAAAUCAAACAAAUUUUGUCGUCUUCUUCAUUCUCUAGAUCUAUAUCUUUAUCACCGUGGUGAUAAGGUAUUGCUAAUGAACUCUCUGAAGUAGAAGAAUCGUAUAACUGUCUUUUUGUGUUUUGCUGUUUAAUUUUUUUUUAAAUAUUUUUUGUAAUCUGUAUUUUUUUAUUUAUUUGUCUACUUUUUCCUUUUCUGUUUCUUCAGGAGCAUCUUUCACCGGUGCGCUGGAAAGAAUCAGAGAAAGUAGUUUUUUUCGGCAAUUAAGCUAUAUUAAUUGACAAGAUGAAGUUGAAGGCAUGGAAGUACUGUCUACUAGUGAUAACGGCUUAGCGAUGUAUACUCCAGAGGUUGAAGAAUUUGGUUCUGGCAAGAUAUUAGCUUCCCUAAUUUCAUGUAAGCUGAGAUCUGGUUGGCGAGAUUCUCCUAUUGUUGUUGAAGUUAUUUACUUUACAGAGAAGUUAUAGAAGUUACUUUAUUGCUUCUCGGAUGAAGUGGCUAGCGUGGUUGUCCAUUAUCAAUAAUAUUCUAUUAUUCUCGCUGGGUCUUGUAUGCUGUAUGACGUUGUGUAGCUUUUUUAGAUAGCUCAAAACUAAUUAAAAGUAUUUUAAAAAUGUUUGAAGUUUCUUGUGGGAACAUUUGAGCACACACCACUAUCCAGGUUUAUUCUAGUUUUAUUGGGAAAUUAGGAAAUAUUUCAUGGUCACUCUACAGUUUAUUUUUAUUAUUUAUUUACAACGUUCAUCUUAAAAAAAAUAUAUCAUUUGGACAUGCUGUAAUUUGGUAAACUGAGUAACAAACAAUAGGUUAAACAAAGGUCACGGAAACAACAUGGCCGCCACAGGCUGGCAACUUCGACCCGUCUUAGUUGAAAAACCACAUUUCUUCCAUAUUAUUCUCUGGAGUAAUUUCUUAAGCUUUUCGAAUUGAUUUUUUAGGACUUUGCAGUUUAAUUUUCAGAUAUUUAAAGAUAAUUUUUGUCUCUCGAAUUGAUUUUUAAAUGUUUUGAGUUAAUGUUCUGAGUUUCCAAAGCUCUAGAGUUGAUUUCCAAAAGUUUUAAGUCGAUGACUUUUGACGAUCUUUGAAUGUCAUUUCCAGGCAUUUAAAACCCAUUUCCUAAGUUUCCAGAGUAAAUUUUUCAAGUCUUUUUAAUAGACUUUUCACUUCAAAUUGUUAUUUAAAUUAAUUGUCAUUUUACAGGUUUCUGAAGUUAAAUUUCUAAUUUGGCUUUUCAGUCCAUUUAUUAUACUUAAAAGUGCUGAAAAGUCAACUCCAGGUAUUGAUUUUCCAGUUGCCUGGACAUUAAAACCCAACUUUUGAAGUUUACAUACGGCCUUAUCGGUUACCUAUAUAUGUGGCUGAAAAGCUUAUCUAACCCUCCGUAGAUAGAUUGGUAGACUGUGCAAUUUUGAAUCAAAUGAAGUACAGGCUCCAUUUGGUCAAGGAUCCAAGGAUCUCAUUUGUUUGUUACUUUUUUACAAUUUCAUCUAUAGUAUUGGGAGUCGUUUCAUGAAUGGUUAUUAAUUUGCAGAUGAUCUCAAGGUUUAUCGUGUAGGGUUUGGAUGAUUGCGUAAAACUUCAGCUUAACUUGAAUAGGCUUGCUACAUGGUGCACCACUAAUAAUAUGGUCUUAAGUAAAUUCAGUAAAUGUCUUUCCAUACUUUUGUGGUGUGGUACAGGUGAACUUAAUCAUGUCUAUACUAUUAAUACACUCCUCUAAUACUGUUAUCUAGUGUAAAAGAUCUUGGUAUAACCUUAGGCUGUCAUUUAAAUUUUUCUCUUCAUAUCACAACAAUUGAUACAGGCUAUGCCAAUGAUGGGUUUAAUUAAGAGGUGCACCGAGGAUUGCCAGGACAUUGCCUCUAUUAAGAUUCUUUACAAGGCACUAGUUCGUUCUCACCUAGAUUAUGGUUCAUGAAUUUGAUCAACUCAUUAUAACAAUCAUAUUCAGAUCGUUUAACAGGUUCGGCACACAUUUUAAGAUAUAUUGCCUUUAAAAGAAAUGUUCCACUUCCCAUUAUCUAUUACGAGUUUGAGUCUGAACUUAAUAUCUACACUUUCCAACCCUCUCGUAAAUAUCGUCACCUGUCAGCCUUCUAUGACUGUCUAUAUAUACUCGGUAAAAUUUGUCUGUGUGUUUUAAGAAACAGACCCGUCAGAUAUCUUCAUUGCAUAUUGCACCCAUUAUGGAAAUAAUUUCUUUGUUACCAGGGCAGGCAAACUUACUAACAAGUACUCGAAUCAGUAAAUUGGACAAUUGCCUGCUGGAAUAGAAAUAAAUAAACUUUUCAAGGUAUUCGAAUUAACUUUUCAGGAUUUGAAAUUAGGACUUGGAAUUAAAUUUCCGGCUAUUUGAACUUAGUACGUCUCUGGAAUUCUUUUGAUUUGACUUCCCAUAACUUUAAUUUCCACCACUGAUCUGAUAAAUGGAUUUCUUUUUUAAGUUUUCUCAGUUUUUUAAGAAAGUCGAAACUAUCGGAAUUAAAUUCCAAAACAUGACAAAUUUUCAUUAAAAAAAUAAUUACAUUUUUCCAAUUUUCCAAGUCAAUAAAAUACGGCUUUCAAGGAAGUUGAAGAAGACGCUAAAAUAAAGUGUUUUUUGAAAUGAACCUAAAAGAAUAUUAGUAAUAUGAAACAAAGAAUUAUCAAUCAAAAGAAUUAAAAAAAAAUACCGAUCAUGAUUGAGUUUAUUUUAAGCAAAAAUUGCAAUUGGAGCCUUCAUCAAUGUCCACACAUAUCAGUUUAACUUACGGUUCCAUAGAUUUCUAAUUUUUAAACUCGAGGACCGCAACAAUCCUUCACACUAGACAUAGCUUUUAUUGAACUUAGCCGUUUUCUUCUAUAAUAAAAAAAACUUAUUCUCUAGUGUUCAUUAGGCUAAAAAAUUUACCAUCACAUUUUGAAUUUUGAGCACCUACUGUGACGUACGGAAAUAUAAAUUAAAGAAACCCUACGUCACCCCAGUCUGAUUUGGGUUAAAAUUCGAAAUGUCGUGUACAAAAGGACCACUGGUGUGUUCAAAAACUAAUUAUUUAUUAUCUUUCUGUACACAAGAAUGUUGCGGCAAAAACCGUUUUUAUUUUAACAUGAAUUUGUAGUUAGUAUUUCUUCAAUCGUUCGUUACAACAUUGGGCAUUGAAAAUCAUUUGGUCAGUUUCCCGAGUUGUGUAUGGUAAGUGAUACAUUUGUAAGAGAUGGAAUUAUAUUUUUAUUAUUUGAAAAUGUAUAUUAUGUUUAACGUAUGCAGCAAUUCCGAGUACAGUCCGUUUAGAAGCAUCUCUUCUCAUAGUUUCUUAGUGUCGUGUAUAACUUAUAAAGUAUAUUCAUCUUUUUAUGAUAAUAAUAAUAAUUAUAAUAAUAAUAAUAAUAAUCGUAAGUAAGUUAUCGUUCGUAUUUUAUAAAGUAGCGUAUAACAAAAGUUUUAAAAUUAAUUAACAAAACAUAAAAGGUGUCAUCAGAGCAAUCUGUGAUAUAUCUAGCCAAGUGUCCUGAUGAUGGUUCUAAACGGACCCGAAAUCUUGUUAUAUAGUAUUGUAUUUUUUAUUUAAAUUAUUUAUGUUAUAUUUAUUUUAGACCUCUUAAAUCUACCCUAUAGCACACCCGGUAGAGAUUAUAAGUAGGCUUAAUUUCAUUGUUUAUUUUGCCAUUGGAGAAAAGUACAAAAAAAAUAUAAAAUAACUUAUAGAAAUAUUCACAGGCUCAGAUUAACAAUUGUGGCAAUAAAAGCCUAGUGAAAACAAAAAAGAAAGCACAUUAUAAUUAAUAUUUUUAAAGUGCAUAAUGCUUUUUUUAAAUAGAUAUAUAAACCUCUAUGCACCAAUUGUUCUGUCCAACCUUUAUUUGUUUUUCUGGCUCUCAAAUUUAAAAAUUGCUUUUGAAGUCAAAACGUAAGCAACCCUGAGAAAAUGUAUGAUGCACGAAUAGAUGUUAGUCUUAAUAAUUAAAAAAAAAACAAUGUAUGAGUAAAAAUACAAUGGUCCAAUGAGACCAUUGGAAAAAAAAGAAUGUAGCCGAGUGAGCAUAUUUAGUGCUAUAGCAUAAAGCUAAUUGUUUCUUUAGUCAGUAUCGAUUUUUGUGUGAAAAGAUACAUCCAACAAAACAAAAUGAAUGUAUGGCUUUUUUAAGCAUGUAAAAAAGUUCUAUCUUUGGUUUACCUGUGGCUAUAAAAUGGUACUGAGAAAAUGUUAUAAAAAAAAUGAUAAAAAAAAUAAAAGGUACUUAUGUUACAAGAA